UGUUGACGGUGGUGCUCGCCAGCAGUCCCCGCUUCGUGUACCGUGAGGAGUGGCACGAGACAUCCUGCGCACGCGCACUACAGAGGCUGAGACACCGGCCGGUUGAGAUCCUGUCGCCUCCGGUACUGGACGGCCAGUGGGUGUCUCACAGAUGCGAGAUUCGCUCCGGCCCAGAGUACGUAAUACGCCACUUUCGCUUCCAGAACGGCACAUUUGAGUCCGUGGUAUAUCGUUACUCUGACCCUGAGUGCCACCACCCGUUGUACGCUAUCCAGUCACGUGGUACACAUCAGCUUCUUCGCCCCUCCUGGACAGUGCAAGGGGGCACAGAAGCCGACUAUGUCGUCACUUCCGCAUACGUCAUUCCAUAUACCACUGGAGCAGUGCGAGAAAUGUCCUCAAAGUUGGCUAUCGGCUGCAGGGACAUUCUCGCCGAGAAAUUCUUAAAACGUUACUCCAAAUAUUUAAUCUACUCCCUACCUCCGACACACGAGGAGAAACUUAAGUUGCAAGCGUCUGCUUCAAAAGACAAAAAUACGAAGAAAGACGAACACCGUGACAUAGACUGUUUUGCAGCUGUCAAUUUCACGUUGCACGAGCUGCAGCUGGUGAUGGUCGAGGCGAAAUCGAGCCGUGACCACCGGGACCACCGUCACAGCCACCAGCGUCACCGCUUUCAUCCACAACUGCCAAACAGUUUCUCAGAAACGGACAAUAGCUCUAUCUCCCAGCCUCAGCUUCAGAAUAAAAAACAUCACGAGCACCGACUUCACAAGCCGCACAACUUGGGAAAUCAAGAGCAUCAAGGUGCGGUCCCUGAAGGUGGCGAGAGGGACGGCGCGGUCUCAGAACGAGAACUGGAAUUGCUGCUCGGCGCGGUGCAUUCCAGACCUAAGGACAGGCAGGGUCAUCGGCCGAGCAGUUACCAGACGGCUCUAAAAAAUGCGAACACCCCUGGCUGCGGUGUGUGUGCCCGCAUCGCCAGCUCCGGUCCCCUGUCUCCACCCAGACUGAGCAGUCACACGGGGACACUGCUCAGCCUACAAGGCGAGUGGGUCAGCACCAGGUGUGAGUCCAGGCAGUACGGCAUGUUUCUCACCAGAUGGUUAGGUUUUCUCCCGGACGGAGUGUCAUGGCAAGGCCAGUACGACUACUACCACGACUCGCUGUGCCACAAACCCUCGUUUUCUCUGGACGCAAAGGGCAGCUACGCCGGGGGGACUUCCUCACAUCUGGUGCAGGGAGCGAAGGAUUUUAGCUUCCGGGUGACCCGCCUAAAGGUCACGCCCCACGACUCGGCCACGGCGGACUCCAUGAACCACUACAGCGGGAAGGGGUGCGGGAGGGCGCACGAGUGGAAAGUUGGACAGGAACAGGAUGUAACAUGGACAGGCGGGUGCGUCACUCUGGGGAUUCGGCUACCAAAUAUGGAGCGUGACAUCAUGAAAAUGGAGAUGGUACAUCGGAAGCUAUUGCUGUAUGUAGGUCAACGACUAGUGGACAAAAAGCCGGGGACUGGUUAUCAGCACGAGAGGCCCACGGCGUUUCAGGAGCCGAUGGUCAAAUGUGAUCAGGUGGACCUGGACAUGAGUAUCAACACCGCUCCUGGGGGCCACUCCUGGGUGGGCGGGAUUGCCCUGCCUCUGUCUGCGGGACCCGUGGGGGACGACACGAAAGGGCCGAAAAACGGAGCGACUUCAGCACACCUCUACCAAACACCAUUUCAAUGUUUCAUUGUGAUGAGUCUGUAUUUAUUGUACAGUAUGAACUGAUUCUUCGCUGUUGUUUUCAUUGUUGUUGGUGGAGUUGUUGUUUCAUGUCGUUGUGGUCAUUUUUGUGAUGUUGUUGCUGCUGCCGCUGCUGUCAUCAUUAGAUCUCUUUUCAGUGAAUUCAUGUGUGCAUUUGUAUUGAAUGUGUACAUUCGCCCCCUCAAACCUUUUGUUUGGAAAAUUGGUAUUGUAUUAUUGACAUGAAGCUGUACUAUAAUGAAAUGACAGGAGGUCAAUGAAACGACACUGCCGUUUACUUGUUAUCCUUUCAAGCAAUAUGAUAGAAACAAAUUAAAGUGAAGCGUGUUUUAAAACUCAGACUUUGCAAACGACGGAGCUCAGUGGAGUAGAAUCGAACAAUUGCUACAGAAGCAGAUGGCUAAAUGACACUUAAGACGGAUAGCAAUCUAAAUAAUAAUAUGUUUUUAUCGUUAGGAUUGAUUUGUUCAUGUGACAACUUCUUAAGCAACUCCAUAUAGCGGCACUUUCUAAAUCCACUUGAAAUGAGCUUAAAUAGAGCGUGUUGUGGGAGCAGAUCUGGGUAGCGUGCUGCUUGAAUAAAGAGUAGGCAUGUCAUAUGGUUUUUAAACUGAUUUUUGUAUAAAGUCUUUUUAACUGAGCUGGUUGUAGCGUAGAAUAUAAGAGGUCGAUAUAGUUAGAUGUUCUUUUUACCAGCUGAAUCAAGCUACUUUGUCAUUAUGAAGGGUUCAUCGAUAAAUGGAAGACAACAGUAAUACGACAGUAUUUAGGGGGCAAUUCAACUACGCCCCCUCCCCAAACUAACCCCGUUUCCAAUUAAUGUGUCUCAUUUUUUUGUGUUUGCAUUGUCAAAAUUCAUAUGUCAACAUGAUUACUCACAUUUUUUUCUACAGGGGAAUUCUUCCCAAACACACGGUCAGGCGUUUCCGAAAUGUGACUAGAAGAGCAUAUUAUUAUACACAAUGUAAAAUGAAACCUAGCUGUUCUGGUUAUCAGUAAUUUCUUCUGUAACGUUUAACAUAGAAUUAAGCGUCUCGUGACGUCCUCGGCUACUGUCUGGGUGUGCAUUAGUUAAUUGGUUCAGUUCAGAGAAUAGCGGCAUAGUUGCUUUCGAAACCAUGAUUAAAUUCUUCUACUGGAGUGAAAAUAAAGUCCCCCCCCCCCCACCCCACUUGGCAUUUUUGUUGUUGCUUUUAUUCUGGCACUACAUUGAGUCCGAAAUGUUUCUGGAUGUCCUUUUCUACUGCCUAUGUUACAAUCUCAUUUAUGUUGCUGAAAAGGUCUGCAGACAGAGUAAAGAAGUGACUGUGCCAGUGUAUGCGUUUGCUCAGUAGCAAAUUUUGUUAGCCACAAACACAGAACAUUUUUUUUCCUCAUUGUUCACCAGUUUGAAGUUUCUAAAACACACUUUAGAUUAGUAAAAUAAAUUCAAAACAUUUCCUAUCAGGUUAAAAACAUUUUUGUUACGUGCAAUAUUCUAAAUUUUGUAAAUAAUAUAUUGACUUAUUACACACUGCACUCUAACCCAUUCAAAGAUAACUUUAUAGACGUUUGAUUACGGAACGACUUACCGGAAUAGUUUUGCAAAUUAUGUAUACUCUGCACUGUGACGUGUCUAUGACUAUUUUCUCAAUUCAUUAAGUAACAGUGGCUGUAUAAUUAAUUCAAUAUCACAAUGAUUAAUGUGAAACUGUUCCCGUUGUGAGCCAAGAGUAUGAAACAUUUCUAGUGCCCAUGCAAAUAUUUUUAAGCGGAAAUCAUAUCAAUACAUCAUAUUUUUUUCACAAAUAUAUCCUGAAAGUAAUAAUGUCUCUUCGUGAUUCAUUGUAGUUCCGGUUUUACUCUUCAAAGAGCACAUGCUUUAGCAAUAGUUUCAUUGUUUCCUUUUACCAUCCUAGUAAAGCCUCUUUAAAUGCAUGGAAGGAGUUGAUGAGUAAUGUGAUCUCAAGCAAUACAUUCUUAUAUGUUUUUUUGUUUUCUUUUGCAAAUUGUGAAAAUGGUAAUAUGUAUAGGAUGUACACCCUGUAUUUUGCUAUUAUUGAUUACACUAUAAUCUUGCUUUGCUUAGAACAAUGUUUAUCAAUAAUAGCGUCACCUGUGUUGGUUCGUCGCAUGCAACUUUACAUUUCUCUUCAUAGGCUCAGACAACAAAUACCAAGCUGAAAUGAUAAAAGACAAAUAUUUUGAAAAAAAAUUUCUACACCACAAUAUCCAUGCGACUAUCAAGUCACCUGUGCCAAAUUUCCUUUCGAGCUCACAGAUCUCGAUAUGCUCUGAAAGUUGCAAAAAAGUCUUCUUUUUAUUGCAAUAGUUUUCUUAACAACACAAUUAUUUUUUGUGACACUUAACUUAAAUUUUACCAAAUAAAAUGCCAAAGUGUUUUUUCA